GUACAUGCACCGCAACCUCCCAUGAACACAAUCAAUCUCACUCCAAAAGAAAAUAUAACCUAUAAUCUAUCAAACUCCAUAUUCCAUGUCCGAACUCCAUAUUCAACGGAAAUAGAUCAUAAUUAAUUUUGUUAAAAUCACUUGAAAAGUUUGAUUUGCAUCACUAAAAUUGAUAGUAGAAAGAACUGAAGCUUCUCCAUUUGAAUCUAUUUAGGUGGAGACUUUAAUGUACACCUAAACAAGGACGAUGUUAAAUCUCGUAAGCUACAUAAUGUUUUGAGGAUGUCCAACUUGUUCUGGACUAGCCUGGCACCGACAAGAGGCUUGAAUUGCCUUGACAACCUUGACUAAUGACAACCCCAGUGCAUAUAGUGUGCUCAUUGUGGACCCAGCUGUAGCUGAUAAUUGUGCAGUACUUGUUGAUGUGGAACAGCGCGUGAAGGAGGACGUUAUUAUUGGAGAAUGUUGAAACCGGUACACUCAUAAGUCAUUUAAAGCUUAUCAGAAAUUGAAAUGAGCUCUAAAUCCCCAGAAACUAGAAAACAUCAAAAACGGAAAACUCAUAAAACUUUCGUUUGCACUCAGUGUGAUUUUAAGAGUUCUUUGUAUUCGCAUCUCAAAGCUCAUCAAAAAUCACAUUCACGUGAAAAUACAUCAAAGUGUCCGUUUUGUUUCUGUAAAUGCCAAGAAUUAUCUGGAGUAAAUAGACAUAAAAGUGUACAUCCUGGAAAAACUCUUUUGUUGUACAGGUGUGUUUAGUUCAAGUUUGAUUUCCAAAUCAAAUUGAAUGAAGGUACAGCCACUCUAAAAUCUGAUUGAACUGAAUCAAGUUUCACUGGUUGAAGUGAAUAGUUUACAGUUGGAAGUCUGUUUGUGUUUCUAUAAUCCGAAAUGGAUGAAUUGGAUUCAAAUUUGGAGGAUUUUAAAAGCCAAUUGUCUGAAUUGACUUUUGAGCAGCUGAUUGAACUGAAGCAGAAGGUCGGUGCCAAGGUCUAUAAUGAAGGCAUCAAACCUAAAACCACUAAUGAUGUUCAGUUCAAUAGAGCCAAUAAAAAUAGGCCAAGAGAAAUGUCGUCGAAAAUUCGACCUCCUCGAUUCGUAGCGCCUGCCUUGGCGGCGCCUCCGACCGUCAAGGAAAAGAAAGACAAAAUAGUUUCCAGAGAUCCUCGAUUUGAAGAUGCUUGUGGUGUAUAUGAUGAGAAGAAAUUCAAAACAAACUACAAGUUUCUGGAUAAGAUUCGUCGAAAAGAGAGAAAAGUCCUUCAAAAAGAAAUGAUUGAAACAACAGAUCCAGAAAGAAAAAGUGAAAUCAAAAUUCUUCUACAAAGGAUGGACAACAAAGAAAGAGAAGAGAAGAAGAAGAAGCUCAAAGAGUCUAAAGAGAGAGAAGAAAAAGAAUUGCGAAAACAAGCGGUCAAAGACGGAAAGAAGCCGUUCUAUUGUAAAAAAUCUGAGAAACGUCUUCUGGAAUUGGUUGAUAAUUAUGAACAGCUGAAGAGUUCUGGCAAGUUGAACAAGCAUUUGGAACGCAGGAUGAAGAAGAACAACCACAAAGAAAGGAAAAAGUUUCUCCAAACGAAAUGAUCUUGUUAUUUAGUAAGUUUGAAUUUCAAGUUGAAUGAUCGAAAGACUGGGUUUUUUCAUUCAUUGGAGUUUCAAUUUCACUUUUCAUUUACAAAUGUAUAUCGUACGUUUACUUGUGAACAACAAAUAAUGUAAUCAGGAAUUACAGAUUUCAUUAUAGAAAAA